CUAAUGAGAGACACGACAGAUUACUUUAUAUUAGUAGUAAAGGGGUUAUAUUUUCGGAGGACAUUGCAAGCUUCAAAAAUAUACCUAAAUAGAGGUGUUCUUCUUCAGUGUGCAAUGAUAGGUGUCUAAGUUUUACAUAAUAAACAUUUGUUGUCCUUUGAAACAUAAGUAGACUGGGGCUAGCAGCACGCGUGAAUUCCUGUUGUAAUAAAAAAAAGCUUAUUCAAAAUGGCAAACCAAGACUGAAAAGCAAUUAUUGUUUUUUUUUUCACAAAUUCCAACACUUAGUCAGCAGCAAUAACUGAUACGCCUUUUUUUAAUUCCUCGAAUAAUUUUACUUUCAACAUAUCCAGUACUAGGCUAGUCUUGGCUAGUCUCGCGUGGAGAAUUCCCGCCAAAAAACUUGAAGUCCCCGGAUGUUCGCACGCGAAACACAACACACUGUCUUCUAGAAAACUUUGUUCUCUCGUGAUUUCUUCAAGAGCGACUGAAAAAGCAUGCUGGAUCGGAAAUUAUUUGCCAUACUGACUUCAGUCAUUGCUGGUGUUGUCUUUUAUCUACUGCUGUCUUCACGGUCAUUAUUUCAUGGAAACCCCAAGAUUACCCAAAUGCAUCCGCAACAACUGCAACAGAGUAGAGCAUCAAAUCAUGACUGCUAUUCCUACUUCGAUAAUGUCGCACUAAUCAUUGUUUACCACUACCCUUAUUAUGAAAGUUUUUCGCUUCUUCACUCAUUUUACGAGAAUGGCUUCCGGAAGAUAAUCGUUUGUGGCCCGGUAGCGAACGAUAAGAUUGAAGUGAUGCAAGUCAGUCACGAGAAAGGAUACUGGGGUUACGAGUGCCUUGCGAAAGCAGCCCGAUUACAUCCGGGUUACGAAGGAUACCUACAAAUUCACGACGACGCCUUACUCUUUUGGUGGAAUGUUCUUGGCGCAGACAAAAACAAGAUAUGGUUGUUUGGAAACGACAUGAAAUUCGAAAAUGCGGUACUUGGAGGUCCAACACCUACAGAUUGGCAUUGGUGGAGAACGGCGAAUAUUCUAAAUAGAACAGCCGAUGUUUUUAAUGAGCUUCGAAAUUCCUCGCUUUCAUGGGUCAACCAAAGCUUUUCAGUCUUUUAUAACAAUACUGGGGGCAGUGAUACGAUACCUAGAUCGAGGGCAGAUGGAUGGUACGUCCCUAGACGCCUGUCGAAGAAACUUAGCUACUUGUCCUCUAUUUUCCUAAAGCAUAAAGUCUUCUUAGAAACUGCUGUACCAACUAUGAUGUGUUUUCUGGACUAUUUACCCAAUAUCCUAUCUCCUGGGGGACUUUACCUGAGUACAAAGUAUGGCUAUGGGAGUAAUAGGGUCAGUGCAAUGUCAGUCUGGAAGGAAUAUCGCAGAAACAUGCCAUUUCUUCACCCGUUCAAGCUUCACGGUGAUUCCACAGGUGUUAACAGAAAUAUACUCAUUGAGAUGAUCAUACCACACUCCCAGAGGAUCUGCAAUAAGUCUAGUUCAGUUGGGAAGUUUCAGGAAUAAUUAUCAUCAAGAAUUACCCGGGAGAAGUCAAAGAAGUUGCAAGAACUUUUGUGUUAAUGUAGGCGCUAUAAGAGUUUUAUACCUCUGGCAAAAAGAUCUCAUGUUAAAGCCAUUACUUUGAUCCUGUGGGCAAGUAACAUUACAACACAAGAAUGCCUCAUGUCAAAACAUAUAUUAAGCAAAUUACACACUUACUCGAGAAAAAAAGCAGACAGGUUUUCUCAUUACUGAAUCAAAGUUGAUGGCAAUUAGUAUCUUCCCAGUGGUGAAUAAACUUAAAUUUACCCCA